AUGGGGAAGCAUAGGAAGUCAGGCGCUUUGAUGCUAUUUCCGUCCUCGAAAUUUCUUCGUCUGGCGACUCUUGCUUGUGGCUCCUCCUGUAAAGCCGUUCAAGAUGUCUCUCCGACAAAGGCGUAUUCCUCCAUUUCCGAAUCUGGAUCUGUUCCAACUUCUCCAAUAGGCACUGUUGGAGGUCCAACCUCCAGUUCUGAUCUGGCUCUAGAUGCGGACCUUCUCUCUCCGGUUGAUGGAGUUCCAUCUCUGGCUGUAUCUUUUCCUGGUGACUUUGCAGAUCCAUCCUAUGACACCUCUCUCCUCACUCCUACGGCGGUGAAAGGAACUUCUCAAGCCAGUGAAAAAAUCUCUCCUUGCGGCCACAACGAAUCAACGCAAGCUGGUUCACCUCGGUUACUGGCUGAUAGGAUUAAGGAAUCAUCUCUACUGGAAGAAUUAGGCUCGCCUACAACUCACGUUUAUGGUGCUCCAUUUAUUCUUAUUCCAGAUGAUAACAUACGAUCUACAAAAGAAGAAUUCAAGGAUUUCUUAUUUGCUCAGUUCCCUAGUGAUGUACCUUCAAUGGGGAGAAUUAUUGGCGUGAUUAAUGAUGUCUGGGCUCGCUCUGGUCCACACAUUUAUGUUCAUAAAGUGGGACAUGGGACUUACAUCCUGAAGGUUACUAAACAACUUACAUCUGCGGUGGUUGCUAUUGAGUUUCGUGGAGUCCCGUACCUCUUAUUCAACCAUCAGAGCUUGAGUAGGAUUGCAACAGCUAUAGGUAAACCUGUCUCACUUGGCCCUGAAACAGAGAGGAAAGAAAACUUUGAGGUGGCAAAAGUUUGGGUUCGAGUGGAUCUUUUAGCUGAGCUACCUACAACAGUUAUCUCGGGCUAUUCCAAUGGCCGUGAAAAUGUGAUAUCGAACACAGCAAGGUCUACAAGCCGUGAAUCUAAAAAUAGAAGACAGUCUUGCCCCAGCAGAUCGCGCCGUGAGACAGCAAACCUAAUCUACAGGGCUAAGGGUCCAGUCAUUGGCACAGAGUACCAGAUAAUACGAAAAGCACGACAAGAGAUGAUCAUAGAUCGUCCAACUAUGGUUAUGGAGGAUGAGCAAAUUGUGCAUGAGGCUGCCAUUGGGGUUGCUAUUAUAGGACAAGCUGAAGGGUCCUCUGCUGUUAGUGACUUGCCUGUUGACUGCAAUUUAUCUCGUAUUGUAGUGGAUAAUUGGACAGAAGAAGUGGAGAAGCAGACAGAUGCUCCUGAGUCAAAGUCUUUGGCGGAAGAUAGUAUUAAAACGUCUUCAGCGCCGAAGCAAACUGUCUCACUUGAUCACAUAAUGGGGUUCUCCACUGUCCAUGUGUAUCAUGAAGAGGGCGGGUCUUUCGCAGGCCCCCGUGAUGGCAAAACAAGGAUUCAACCCAUCAACUCUAGACGGAUCACUGGAGCUCUCCCAGCAGGUUGGAAGUAUUUUGCAAACUCUGAGCAUCAUGAUAAUGCCAUAAUCAUUGUCGUAUGGCACCCGAGUGUUUCAGUCACGGUUUAUCAAGCUUCUGCUCAACUUGUGACUUGUGGUAUCUUCAUUUUGGCAGAGAAUUUCACCUUAACUGUCAGCUUUGUCUAUGGGUUUAACCAAGUGGAGGAGAGGAGGCAGUUAUGGGAGGAGCUGGCUGUUAUAAAUGACACAACACCAGUGUCUAGAUGCCCAUGGGCAAUGCUAGGUGAUUUUAACCAAAUCAUGCGAGCAGAUCAUCAUUCGAAUUAUCUACAUUCUGAUAUGGAUUCUUCAUGCAUUGAGGACUUCAACAUCGCUAUGCAGGAUGCAGAAAUCUUUGAGACUCAAUCUAAUGGUUUACCUCACUCUUGGUGGAACAAUCAAGAUGCAGACCCGAUCGCUAAGAAGAUAGAUCAUGCCCUGAUUAACCAUCAUUGGGCAGAAAAGUUUCCGGAUGCUUAUUGUGAAUUUCUGGAGCCAGGCCAGUCUGACCACGCACCAUGUUUGUUCAGAAUGCCCUCCUUUAAUAGACGGGUUGUAAAGACUUUCAAGUUCUUCCAUCAUACUAUGGAUCACUCAGAUUUUUUGGAGACUGGUAGAGCUUCAUGGAACUGUCCAGCGAUCCAUGGAUCUUUACAAUUCAAACUUGCAAGGUCCCUGAAACUUUUAAAAGGUCCUUUACGAAGACUGAAUACCCGACACUAUAGCAGGAUCUCACUUAGAGUGAAAGAGCAAGCUGCUAAGGUUUCUUUGAUUCAGCGGCAGUUACUUACUAAUCCAAACUUAGAAAUCGCUGUGAUAGAACAUCAAUAG